UACACACUCUCUUGUCUUCUAUUAGCUUUUAUUCACAUUCAGAUAUUUCCAAUAUCUACUGAUGCACUUCAACACAAAAUUGAAACUCCUUGGUUCUUAUGUUUUACGAGUAACAUUUUUUUUAAUCUUUACAGAUUAUGGUGUUAGCUCAUAUGACAUUGGAGAUGGAUUCGGACAUUUCACCAUUUCAACUCAAGAUGUUUACAAAAUGGUUGAGACCGUCCGCGCCAAGGGUGGAAACGUCACCAGAGAACCUGGUCCAGUCAAAGGUGGAAGCAGUAUUAUUGCAUUUGUGAAGGACCCUGAUGGUUACACUUUUGAGCUCAUUCAAAGAGGUCCAACUCCUGAACCACUCUGCCAAGUCAUGCUUCGUGUUGGUGACCUUGACCGCGCCAUCAAAUUCUACGAAAAGGCCCUUGGGAUGAAACUCUUGACAAGGAUUGAGAAACCUGAAUACAAGUACACCAUAGGCAUGAUGGGAUAUAAUGAGUCGAUAGUUUUGGCGCUAACCUAUAACUACGGCGUGACUGAGUACACAAAGGGAAAUGCAUAUGCACAGAUUGCAAUAGGCACGGAUGAUGUGUACAAAAGCGGUGAAGUUGUGAAGAUAGUCAGUAAAGAGCUAGGAGGAAAUAUCACUAGAGAACCAGGACCUCUUCCUGGAAUUGGCACCAAGAUUGUCUCAUUCCUUGAUCCAGAUGGCUGGAAAACGCUUGAGGAGGAAGUUAAGAUGAGAGGUGGGAGUCUAUGGCAGCUAGGGCAAUCCAUAACCCGCCGUCUUGCUCAAUCCGACAAGAAAGCUCUGUCACGCCGCUACUUAGCCUCUAGUGCUGACCUGAAAAAGACUGCACUUCACGACUUCCAUGUCUCCCACGGUGGAAAGAUGGUUCCAUUUGCUGGUUGGAGUAUGCCAAUUCAGUACAAAGACUCCAUCAUUGACUCAACUGUUAACUGCAGGGUCAAUGGGAGUUUGUUUGAUGUUGCACAUAUGUGUGGUUUGAGUCUUAAAGGCAAAGACUGUGUUUCUUUCCUGGAGACUCUCGUGGUUGCUGAUGUGGCUGGUUUGGCUCCUGGAACAGGGAGUUUAACAGUGUUUACUAAUGAGAAGGGUGGUGCUAUUGAUGACUCUGUGAUUACUAAAGUGACUGAUGAGCAUAUCUAUUUGGUGGUGAAUGCUGGUUGUAGAGAUAAGGAUUUGGCUCAUAUUGAAGAACAUAUGAAGGCUUUUAAAUCUAAAGGUGGUGAUGUCUCGUGGCAUAUACAUGAUGAGAGAUCUCUUCUCGCCCUUCAGGGUCCUUUGGCUGCUCCGGUGCUUCAACACUUGACUAAAGAAGACUUGAGCAAGCUUUACUUUGGACAGUUUCAGAUUCUUGACAUUAAUGGUUCCACCUGCUUCCUUACCAGAACCGGGUACACUGGGGAAGACGGGUUUGAGAUCUCUGUUCCAUCAGAGCAUGCAGUUGAUUUAGCUAAAGCAAUCUUGGAGAAAUCCGAGGGAAAGGUAAGGCUUACAGGUCUAGGAGCAAGAGACAGUCUCAGGCUAGAAGCAGGGCUUUGUCUAUAUGGCAAUGACAUGGAGCAACACAUUUCUCCUGUUGAAGCUGGGCUCACAUGGGCCAUAGGGAAACGUAGAAGAGCUGAAGGAGGGUUUCUUGGUGCGGAUGUGAUCCUUAAACAGCUUCAAGAUGGGCCUACGAUCAGAAGGGUUGGAUUUUUCUCUUCAGGACCGCCAGCUAGGUCGCAUAGCGAAGUACAUGAUGAGAAUGGUAACAAGAUUGGAGAGAUCACGAGUGGUGGGUUUAGUCCGAACUUGAAGAAGAACAUAGCCAUGGGGUAUGUGAAGUCUGGUCAGCACAAGACUGGGACUAAAGUCAAGAUCUUGGUCCGUGGGAAACCUUAUGAAGGUAACAUCACUAAGAUGCCGUUCGUGGCCACCAAAUACUACAAGCCAUCAUGA